UGCGGCCAUUUUGUCAGAAAUGUCAGAAUUUGGCCGAAUAUAUGCUAUCGUGACCUGAAAGAUCUGCAGUCAGCGGCACACUGGACUCAGUCUACGAGCUGUCUUGCGGUCUCUGAUUAUUAACAGCCCGACCUAACACAGAGAUAGUGUUUACUGUGGGUAAGGACUGAUUCCAUAAAGCACCGCUAUGACGUGGACGGUUGCCAUCGUUACCUGUGUGGCCGGACUGAUCGCUACAGUGGUGACAACACCAAAGAAGGGCAUCGGCAUCAGCAUGGAUAACUACCACUGCAACGACACCGAGACGAUGUGGGACAUCCACUGGUGAGUUGUACCUAGGUGACCUCGUGUCGGGAAUGACGUCAUCACAAGACGAACCCGAGGUUGUCAGGGAGACUGUGGCAACAGCUCUUGUAGAUGGCAAGAAUGUGCUUGGUCCAGUUGUUGGCAGGUUCUGCAUGGACCUCGCCAUACAGAAAGCCAAACAGUCGGGGAUCGGAUGGGUGACGGCCAGAGCAUCAAACCACUUUGGAAUCGCUGGCUGGUACGGCCUUCGUGCAAUGGAACAAGGGUUAAUUGGGAUGGCCUUCUGUAACACCUCCCCAAAUAUGGUUCCAACCCGUGCACGAGAGAAAACACUUGGGACCAAUGCUAUGUGUGUGGCAGCACCGGGUAACCAUGGUGACAGUUUUGUGCUUGACAUGGCAACGACGGGUGUGGCACAAGGAAAGGUGGAAAUGAAGCACCGGUUGGGACAGGACCUUCUGCAUGGCUGGGGCGUGGACGAAACAGGGAAGUCAUCCACUGACACCCACCGGGUGCUGCACCAGGGUGGAUUGCUGCCUUUAGGGGGCACAGAAGACACCAGUGGGUACAAGGGCUUUGGACUGGCCAUGAUGGUGGAAAUAUUUUGUGGCAUCCUCAGCGGAUCCGACUUUGGCCCUUUCAUCAGACAUUGGUCAUCUCAUUCCAAGCAAGCCAAUCUGGGCCAGUGUUUCGUUGCCAUCGACCCAAGUACUUUUGCGGCAGGAUUUGAAGACAGAUUGAGUCAACUAAUGGACCACUGCAGGGGACUAAAUCCGGCGGAAGGAGAGACGGAAGUGCUGGUUGCUGGAGAUCCGGAGCGCAAACACAUGAAUCUAUGUGACAGUCUCGGAGGAAUACCUUACCACAGAAACCAAAUGAAGUUUGCGGAUGACGUGGCAGCCAAGUACAAUGUUGAACCCCUCAGGAAAACCAAACGAAGAAAUGGCAUACAAGAAACUAAAUCUUCUUAGCAAAUCUCCGAAAUCUCCAUCCAUGCAUUAGUCAGAAUUUAAUGAAAUAUGAAUUUCGAAAUAAUAAGACAAGGGAGGACUGAGGUUCAGAUCGGAGAUGUUGUUGUUUCCCAUAUUCCUGAAAAAAUGGAGAGAUGCUGUUCCUGUAGACUUCUAUACGUCCUUUGUAAUGCGAUAUAAUCGUUAGAGUGGAUUUAUUUAUUUAUUUGUUGUUAAACACCGCCCUAAGCAAUUUUCAAGCUAUAUGGGUGCGGUCUGAAAAUAGUCGAGUCUGGACCAGACAAUCCAGUGACCUACAUCAUGAGCAUCGAUAUACGCAUUUGGGAUGCGAUAACAUGUCUCAACCAAAUCAGCGAGUCUGACCACCCGAUCCCGUUUGUCGCCUCUUACGACCAUCUUGAAUUGUAUCCCGGAUGUCUACGAAGGAAUAAUUUGUGUGUAGGUUGUUCCAGAGCUAUUGUAUGCUGCAACAAAAUGGCCAAGAGCUAAUUAUAUGGUAAAUAAUGAGUGUGCUUAAUAACAAAAUAUAUAUGUACACAACUACAUAGUAAACACAUUCAAACACUGAA